AGGCAAAGCCGCAAGCGCAAAGGAAGAGAUGGAGUAAAGAAAGAAUAGUGUUAGGGAUUUGAGGACGAGGAGAGAUUUUACAGUCUGAGCAGCAGCACUUUAUCCGGGAAGGGAAGCAGUACUACUGCCAAAUUCUUCUUCUUCUACACUGCUUUUGUUCCCUCCUUCUCCACUUCGCGUCUCCAUUUCGUUAACCACUCAGAGGAAGUGAAGAAAAUGUCUUCCGAUACAGGAAAGGAAAAUGCAUCUGUCGUUGAUUCUUCAGUGACUGAUUGGAAACUCGACAUGGGAAAUUCAGAUGAUCUAGAGAGCCCGAGCUACAAAGGCGAUGGUGAUGGUUAUACUAGGAGUGUAAAUGCUAGUCGUCAUAUGGUAGGAAAACAGUCUGUAAGCAUCAAGGGUAGGUUGUAUGAUACAAGGUACUUCAUCAUUAAAAGCUUGAACAGUCAUAAUCUCCAACUGUCGGUCGAUAAAGGAAUUUGGGCUACUCAGGUCAUGAAUGAGCCAAUUCUAGAAGAAGCCUUUCAUGUAAGACUUUGACUAUAUUGGCGCAUUUUGUCAUUUUUUCCCGCUUGAUGCUUUACUUGAGAAUUAUCUUGGCUUGCAGAAUUCCAGCAAAGUCAUUUUAAUAUUUAGUGUCAACAUGAGCGGUUUUUUCCAAGGAUAUGCUCAAAUGAUGUCUUCCAUUGGAUUGAGGCAUGACCAUAUAUGGAGUCAGGGAAGUGGUAAAAGUAAUUCUUGGGGCCGAAGUUUUGAGGUCAAAUGGUUGCAAUUAAAUGAUCUGCCUUUCCAGAGGACACUUCACCU